GUAUCACUUGCAUAGCAGAGGGGAAAGGAAGCAGAAGAGUAUUUCCCCAUCCAAGCCAAGAAAGCGAUCAUGUGUGACGGAGACUGCAGGCCUCUGGGCUUCCUCUUAGGCCUUCCCUUUGCCUUUCUCUCACUCAUCAUCUCCAUUGUCGGCGUUGUUAUUUGGAUUUUCGGAUUGUUGCUGACAUUAAUAUGCCCUUGCUGUUUGUGCGUGACGGUCAUAGUGGAGUUGGCUCUGGAGUUGGUGAAGGCACCAAUUCAUGUUAUGGAGUGGUUCACUGAGCAGAUCCCUUGUUGAUUUGUACUCCCUUUCUCUGUUCCUUAGAUUUUACUGUCAUAAGAGAUUCAUAUGAUAUGGAUUUUAUGUUGGCUUGUUUUGGAUUUCUCUCUCGAUGUUAAUUGAGGUAUAAUAUGGGAGAAAUUUGGAGAAAUUUUCAUGUCAUAAUGCUGUUCAAAACAAAAAAAAAACUUCAUGUCAUAAUGCAUCCUAUAAAACAUUAGAAUUUUUACAGUUUCUCUU